AUGGCGCGCCUCAACACCAGGGGCCAGAAGAAACAAGAAGACUCAGCAAGGACAAGACCGCAGCGUCUGACGGAGCGAUAUGUUUCUCCCCCGCCAUCGACAAUUAAGGAGCGCCGCGGAGAGCCGCAAAAACCGUGGACAAUGAUAAUGCCUAGGGGGACAUUAUUCGACGAAGAGCCGGCAGAAAAGCCUCGAUUGGUGCGAAGCAAGUCAACAAGGACGAGGGCAAAGACGUUCUCCGAGCAGAACUUUGAUAUAUUUGCUGAUAGCGACGGGACGACUGAGCGGGAUACGCCUAAAGCGAAGAAGGCGACGCCUCUAAAGCUGGCACGCACCAAUUCCAUGAUCUUACCCGUACCACAGCAACCUCGAGCGCGGACAAGCCGGAAAUCAGAACUAUACAAUUAUGAUAAGGAGAAUGACCCGCUGGAGGAGGAGCUGGAUCCGGAACCUACUUCACUAUCUAGAAACCCGUCUGAUGCGUCUUCGACACGACGUUCGCCCACAAGGAGUCGAGCCGCGCAGCAAUUUACGACGUACCGACAGUCGCAACAGGAAUCAGAAAAUGAGAAUGAGAAUGAUGACAGCUACAAUUCGCUCGAUGACUUUAUUGUUAGCGACAAUGACGAGCCGAGCUAUCAUGAAACAUCAGAAGAUGAAUCUGAGGAAGAGGAAGAGGAACGCAAGGUGCCUCCACCAACACAAAAGAGAAGGUUAUUCCGGGGAAGGCGACCGAACCCUACGCUUGAGCUAGGGAAUGCUUUGCGAGAGUCUUCACGACGGCCAGACCUUCGUCUUGAGCCGUCUGUACCGGCUGCGAUUGCGGUACCGUCCCCGAAACGGAACAGUGUCUCAAGGAAACUAUUCCAGAAAGAAGCAGACGUCUCUGAGAAAAUGGAUCGUUUGAAUCUGGAAGACAGUGAUCCGUCAUCCCAGCUUCAAAAUGACCUGUUCGGGUAUGCCUCUUCCGGCGUCAAAGCCGUGCUUGCUAUACUAACUCUAGGCAGGGCUGUAGCGGUCUCGAAAUCACCAUCUUCCCCACGGCCUAGAGACUCCCCCUUCCAGACACCGCCCUCCAGUCCUUCAAGGAGUCUCCUGCGCUCUCCCAGAAAGGACAAAGUUCAAAUACCGCCGACACCAUACCGUGAGAGUUCGGACGCCUUUUGGAGUCUGGAAAUCACUAACAACUGGAUCGACGAACACUCUCCACGGAAAGUAGAUUCACUAUUGCAAGAGUUUGAUGAGUCUGACUACGACUCUCGAGCCAAGCCGAAAAUAUCAGGGGCUAAGCAACCGGUAAAAACCCCUAGUAAGACCGCACUGAAGAAAGCAGAAGCCGAGGCAAAAAGGGCUGCAUUGGCACGCAAGAAGUCGUUUGACGACAAAAAAGCAGCACUUGCAGAGGAUUUCCUCAAGGUUCUCGACGAUGCCGUUUCCGGGGGCGAGGUUCAAAAGCGCUCUGCAGAGACCGGUGGUGUUCGUAUCGUCUGGAGUAAGACACUUCAGACCACGGCCGGACGUGCAAACUGGAAACGAGAUAGGUCCGUGACGGACAGCCGGUCCAUGUCCCCGGCCAAUAGCUCCAGCUCAUCAGGCAGUGAGACGCCAUCAGUUACCAUAAAGCACUAUGCCACCAUCGAACUGGCUGAAAGAAUUAUUGACGACGAGGACAGACUGAUCAAUACCUUGGCACAUGAGUACUGCCAUCUUGCCAACUACAUCAUUUCGAAUAUCCGCAACCAACCACACGGCGCUAGCUUCCAGGCAUGGGGAAGAAAAUGCAAGGAAGCACUAAAAGACCACCCAAUCUAUGGUAGUCGAAUUGAGGUAACUACGAAACACAACUACAAGAUCGACUACAAAUACGUCUGGACCUGUGUGGACUGCUGCCAGAACUACGGACGUCACUCCAAGAGCAUCGACCCUGGAAGACAUAGAUGCGGCAUGUGUAAGGGUCUACUGCAGCAGAUUAAGCCCAAGCCAAGGAGUGUUUCGCCUAGGAAGAAGCCUGCUCCUGUUACUGCGGUAAAUGACAUGACGGCGGGCUUGGAGGCUGUUAGUUUGGAUCCGUGACGUACGGCAUUACGAGCGCUUCUGGACAACGGCUCACUUGAUAUGGUGUUUUUUUUUGAAUCUAUUGGAGUUCAAUGAGUUAGCACUCUUUAGCGAGGUUGGGCUUUCUAUUUCUGUCUCUUGUUCGGUUUCCCCCCCCAACAAUCUGCCAAUGCUUAAAUACUUUAUCAGAUGUCGCCAGGACAUGUACAUAUCCUGAAAUAAUAGCACACCGGAUCUACCAUAGU